CCUCGCCAAGAGUUCACAUCUGAAAGACAAGGAAAAUCAUUGGAGAUAUCAGGAAAAGUUCAAGUGUCAUUUUUACGUAUAUUUUUGACACACAAAAUGGCUAUUCCAUUUUUUGAAGAAGAGCACAACUCAAAGUCUGAACCAAGCGGUGAUCAAGUGGAUAGUCCUAUGGCUUUCUCCAUAGAUCCUGGACACGACCAAGUGGACUUCGAGGGACCUCCGUCUGCGGCCGAGGAACUCCCUCAACCAGGAGCAACAAGUGAGCCAGUUCCGCCUCCCAGCGCCGAGGAACAACUGUUGGCCUGGAAAUUCCUGGCCAUCACCAUGUGCAAGGUCCUCAAGCAGUUUUACCUGCAACAUAAGGCAUCCGGAAAAUCCAGUAAACUAAAGGCCACUGUGCAAAUCCAACCGCAGGCGCAGUAAAAUUUUUGAAAAAAAAACCAAACACCAACUAAGGCUCCUAAAAGCGCAACUUGUGAUUACUUUACGUUGGUGAGAACUAGCGCAGCCCACGAAAAUUUCGAGAGAGAAAGAGCGAGACAAUGACAGAGAAAUGUGAAUCAAUUUCCCAAGGAAAAACCCAGAAAAUGAUAAUUUUUUAUACUCGUAUUUUCUUUGUUGGAAAUUAUUCCUGCCCAUAGUUUCUUAAUUGCCGUCGGUUUACAAACAAAAAAGAGUCUAAAACUUUGGAUAAGCGCAAAUGUGAUAAAUAAUUUUGCUAAAAAUAUUUCCAGUCCAAAUAUUUGUUUAGUCAACUUAUUUAAGUUAGUUCUACUAAUUUAACUGAAUAAGUUAAGUUCUCUUUGGAGGUCGGCCCAGUGCAAAGAAAAACGAAAUAAAAAGUUUAAACAAAUACUGGAAAAUGGUCUGAAAAGAUGAAAACAAAAUUUUAUAAGCAGCAGCUAGUUUUCAAACCGAAACCAACUUAGUUGAUAAGCCAAACUAAUCUAUAAUCUAUAUCUGCAGAUAGUUACCACAACUUUUUUACAUACAACUCUCUUGGUGUCUAAUUAUGGGAAAAGUUUAAAGUUUCAACUUCCUAGGUAGAAUGCUUCUUAAACCUAGCAAAUAGUUAUGGAAAUGUAUUUUUCAAAAUAAAAAUCAUAUAUUUUUUAUAUUUACUUUGCCAUCGA